CACGCUGAAACGGGCGCCUGGACGAGAUUAAUCGAAUCCCCUCACUGAAAAUGGCUGCCAUUGACUUUAUAACGUUAACUGGUGACAGCGAGAAAAAACAAGCGGGAGAGAAAGCAGAGAGUGGCAAUGAAGAGGAAAACCAGGACCUGUCAGAGGAGGAAGGAGGCGCAGGGAAGGCAGAGGCCAGUUCGUCGACGCUCAUGGUCGCCGCGACCUCAGCUAAGACCAAGAAAAAGAAACACAGGCACCGUAGCAAACACAAGAGACACAAGCAGUCUUCGCCUGAGGACAAGGAGCGACGCCACAAGCACCGGCACAAGCACAAAAAGCACAAGCGUAAAGACGGCCCCUUGACUGACUGCUUCCCCACCGGUGGCGACGACAACGCUUUCCCAUACUCUUCCUCCGCCAAGCCGCCGAGACUGGAAGACGAUGAGAUGGCGCUUCUGGAGGAGCUGGAGAAACAGAGGGCCCUGAUCCAAGCCGAGCUAGACAGUGAAAUGACUGAGGGUGGCAGGGGGGUACAGUCGGGCAUGGCUCUCAUACUCCAGGGAUACCACUCUGGGGUGGAGGAGGAUGGGGAGAUUCAGGGGGAGAGGAUGUGCAACGGGCAGCACUUCCGGAAAGGGGCAACAGGGCACGUGGCUGGCUCAGGCUCGCAGACUGCUAAAGACACCGGUAGAGUCCAGCGAGAGUCGACAGACGCCAGCAAAGCUAAGCAGAACAAUACCAAUAAAAACGGCAGGAAGAGAAAGAUGGACGGCAAGACCAAGGAUCGGAUGAGAGGACUGAGCACGUCCAGGGAUAGAGACAACAGGAGACAUUCCAGGAGUGCAGAUUGCUUCAAGGAAAGGGCACAGGCGUCCAAGUCUCCUCCUGGCACUAGCAAGCAGCCUUCCCUGCCGGCUCAAAGCAGAGAGGCACAAAGCCAGGACAAACACAAGAAGGCGAUCAAGUCCCCCGCCAAAGACGCUUCCUCUGGGAAUGAGAACUGCUCUCCUGGCCUACGAGGGAGGCCGAUAGGUCCUGCCUCCCACCUGCAGCGCAGUAAGUCCCCAUCACAGUGCCGGGACCUCCGGGCCUCCACUGGAGCCGAGCGAAGGGCCAGGUCACCGCCACCACUCAGAGGGGGCCACCCGAGCCCCCCAGAGAGUCAAAGGAGAGAGGUGGACCGACUGAGACUCUCACCUGGCAGGAUUCGGAGCCAGGACGAAGCGGGGGGCCGUAGGGAUGCCAGCGCAGCUCUAGGUGCCCGGCGACGGCUCAGCCGCUCACCAUUCAGGCGGAGGUGUUGCUCUCCCAGGAGACGCAGCAGGUCUCCAUUCAGGAGGAGGUCAUUGGAUCGGGACAGGAUGGGACGGAGGCCGCAGUGGGGUUCUAGAUCCCAGGAGGGGAGGCAGAGACUGAGCCGGGACAGAGAGGACAAGUUCAAGGGCAGCCUCUCGGAGGGAAUGAAGGUCGACAAGGAGGACUCUGAAGAUGAAGUGCUGGAAGAUUACGAUGUGGAUGAGGACGACGAGGAGGCUCUCAUCGAACAGCGGAGGCUACAGCGUCUGGCCAUCGUCCGGAAGUACAAGGGAGGGAACGAGGACAGUAACAUGUCGGAGCCCGGCAGCCCGCAGAGCAGCCAGCGCAGCCGCUCGCCCUCGCCGGACGACAUCCUGGAGCGUGUGACGGCCGACGUCAAAGAGUACGAGCGGGAAAACGUGGACACCUUUGAAGAAAACAUCAAGGCUAAGCACAACCUCAUCGAACAGGAGAAAGAUGAAGGAACCAACCCCAAAAAACCUUCCGGCCCCGACAUGUUUACUGAAUCGGAUGACAUGUUCGCCGCCUACUUUGACAGUGCAAGGUUUCGAGCAGCAGGUAUCGGGAAGGACUUCAAGGAGAACCCCAACCUCCGAGACAACUGGACAGACGCAGAGGGAUACUACCGACUCAAUAUCGGGGAGAAACUGGACAAGCGGUACAGUGUGUACGGCUACACGGGGCAGGGCGUGUUCAGCAACGUCAUCCGAGCCCGUGACGUGGCCCGCGCCAGCCAGGAGGUUGCUAUUAAGAUCAUUCGGAACAACGAGCUCAUGCAGAAGACUGGGCUCAAGGAACUGGAGUUCCUGAAGAAACUCAACGAUGCCGACCCUGACGACAAGUUCCACUGCCUGCGCCUCUUCCGACACUUCUACCACAAGCAGCACCUGUGCCUGGUCUUCGAGCCUCUCAGUAUGAACCUGCGCGAGGUGCUGAAGAAGUAUGGCAAAGACGUGGGCCUCCACAUCAAGGCGGUGCGCUCCUACAGCCAGCAGCUCUUCUUGGCCCUGAAGCUGCUCAAACGCUGCAACAUCCUUCACGCUGACAUCAAACCUGACAAUAUCCUGGUGAACGAGUCGAAAACCAUCCUCAAGCUCUGCGACUUUGGUUCAGCGUCACACGUGGCAGAGAAUGACAUCACUCCCUACCUGGUUAGCCGGUUCUACAGGGCGCCGGAGAUUAUCAUCGGGAAGCUUUACGACCACGGCAUCGACAUGUGGUCCGUUGGCUGCACUCUGUAUGAGCUGUACACGGGCAAGAUCCUUUUCCCAGGGAAAACCAACAACCACAUGAUUAAGCUCGCCAUGGACCUCAAGGGCAAGAUGCCCAACAAGAUGAUCAGGAAAGGCGUGUUCAAGGACCAGCACUUUGACCAGAACCUCAACUUCCUGUACACCGAAGUAGACAGAGUUACUGAAAGGGAGAAGGUGACAGUGAUGAGCACCAUCAACCCCACCAAGGAGCUGCUGGCUGACAUGGUGGGCUGCCAGCGUCUGCCCGAGGACCAACGCAAGAAGGUGGCCCAGCUCAAGGACCUGCUGGACCAGACACUUAUGCUGGACCCGGCCAAGAGGAUCAGCAUCAACCAGGCCCUGCAGCACCCCUACAUCCAGGAGAAGAUCUUCUGACCACUUCGUACUGUAUCCACUCACAGUCAUGCAUUGAUUGCUGCAACCAGUACUGAGUCCUUAGUUUGACUAUGGUUGGACCCCCAUCCCAUCUGGCACUGCUGAUGGAGAGGAAGUAGUAUUAUCUUUCUUCCCUUGUUUGAACCACACACACACACACACACACACUCUCUCCCGUUUUCCAUCGAUCUUCUGGAUUGUAUAAAUAACCGUAGUAGGGCUCCAAGCAGAAUGCCUGCUGCAUAGCAUAUGUUCAGUUUCAGCCUACUUGCAAGUCAGAUAGUUCUGUCUCAUUAUAAGCCCUCUAUCUCAUGGACAGUAAGCCACUCGAGUUGGACUUUCAUCCAAUCAGAUCUUCCGUUUUUUUGAUUGGCCCCUUGCAGGUGACUGAAGGUGGAUGAAAUGUUUUGCUGGAAGAAAAAAAGAAGUGAAUUCUGAUUAUUGGGGAGGGUUAGUCAAAUGUUAAUUCUGAUUGGGUUAGUCAAAUGUUAAUUCUGAUUGGGUUAGUCAAAUGUUAAUUCUGAUUGGGUUAAGUAAAAUGUUAAUUCUGAUUAAUGGGGAGGGUUAGUCAAAUGUUAAUUCUGAUUGGGUUAGUCAAAUGUUAAUUCUGAUUGGGUUAAGUAAAAUGUUAAUUCUGUUUAAUGGGGAGGGUUAGUCAAAUGUUAAUUCUGAUUGGGUUAAGUAAAAUGUUAAUUCUGAUUAAUGGGGAGGGUUAGUCAAAUGUUCAUUCUGAUUGGGUUAAGUAAAAUGUUAAUUCUGAUUAUUGGGGAGGGUUAGUCAAAUGUUCAUUCUGAUUGGGUUAGUCAAAUGUUAAUUCUGAUUGUUGGGAAGGGUUUUUGAGUUAACGGUCAUUCAUGAGUUACCAAGGCAGUGACAAGCAGGGAGGGUAACCCAAUACCCUUACCCUUUUGAAUGGGCUGUUUGUACAGUGGGUUGACUAAACUCCUGCAACCUUGGCAGCUCCUUUGACUUACUGUUACCUGUGAUGUAGGGCCAGCAUAAAUGAUGUCUAUAUCCACGUCUCCCCCAGGUAUUGAAAGCCCCCAUCCACCCUGUCCCCACAUCCUGGUGUCUGUGCAGGCCCUGGUCCGCAUGCCCGUUCUGCUGCUGCCUGUAGGUCUGUCAGUGCCGAAAACCCAAACGGUUGGGGGGGUCCUUGGGUUCUACUUGAGCACACCUGCAGGGAUGGCCCCUCAUGUUUAAAGCAGGUUGUAUACCACUUACAGUACAUUGAAGGUAAGCUAUCUCCCCCACCCUCCUAAAAAAAAAAACUGGUUAUUAUUACCUCAUGUUUUAUUUUUUUUAUAUAUUACACAUGGUUUUAUCCAGAUGUCCCUGUAGACAUGGUUAUGUCAAGAAAUAUGGUUUCUAUAAGACACCUAUAUAUUUCUUAAGCAUAAUUCAAAUCACUAUGGCAAAGAUUGGAUUUUAAAAAAUCCAAAUCUGUCAUGCAUCUAAAUUGUAGAGAAAAUUGGGGGGGGGGGGGGG